AUGGCUCGGACAUCGCAAAUAGCUCGCAAAAGCUGCGGUGGACUAGCUCCUCGAAGACAGUUGGCGACGAACGCAGCUCGCAAGACUGUUUCGGGAACAGUUUCUCAAAUUGCUCGGGCGGCAGUGACGAUGCCUGAAUUGAAAGAAGAAGGACAGCUUGAAAUAGUUGAUGGUGUCAAAAAAGUCGAGUUGGAAAGCGGUCAAGGGAUUGAAUCCAACGAAGAAGAGACGAAAGAGCCUGGUGUUCACGGGACUUCUUCCAGCGCUGUUGACGAUGAAGAUGACGAGCUGAUUGCAAUAGGCGAAGUAAUUACCGGCAGUCGUUACAAGCAGACAGCCCGAAAAAGCACUGGAGGAGCACCACCACGAAAACAACUCGCCAUGAAAGUAGCAAGAAAAAGCGCACCAUCACCUUCUCAAAUUGUUGAAGUUGAUCCUGAAGUUAUCGCUGCCAUUGCUCCAGAAAGUGAAAUCGUCGACAGGCCAGUUGAAAUUGAUGAUAUUUUGGAAUGGUAUAGGAAAAUGGGAUCCCGAGCCCUCGAGGUUCUACGGAAGAAUUUUCUUGCACAGACUACUGAAUCCGGCGAAAAGCUUAGCCCAGAUGAGGAAGACUUCAGAGCAAGGAGGAAGAUCGUGCAAGAUUAUCCCUUGGAAAAAGGAUUGGUGACAAAAGCAGCACGAAAAAGUGCACCAGCUACAGAUCAUAUUGAAGACGAUGAUUCGGAAACUCAUCCGGAAAGUGAUGAAGGAGAGGUAUCCUCUGAAGUUGUCGCUGCCAUGGCCCCUGAAAGUGUUAUCGAGGGUCGAACGGUUACAAAAGAGGAUGUGCGCGAUUGGUUUUUGAAGUCGGCAAGUCGCUAUUUUGAAGUUGAAAGGAAGUUGGUUUUAGAACUAACAUCAGAUGACAAAGACUUCAUUGCACGGAGGGAGAUUGUGCUGGAGUAUAUAAAGGUGCUCUCCGUGAGAUCGGCGCGGAGUAGACGUCCAGCAUGCCGUUGUCGUCCCGAUUUGACAAAACUCGUAACCCCUAGAAAAAUCGAACCGAAGUGGGAACCGACGAUUCGACCACCUCCUGAGGAAAGUUUGAAGAAAGGUGUUCACAAUUUUACUGAGGGAGAAAUUGUUGUCGUUGAUGAAAAUAGCACGGAAGAAAUCAAGAAGUACGCCUCAAAAGGUCGAAUGCAAACUCUGAUUAACGAAAACCGAAAAGGUUACAAAAUUGAAGACGGUCAUUUCAUUGCUCGUUCUACUAAAAGAUUCCCAAUUGUGAAGAUAAAACUGAACUCGAUGGAUAAAAAACUUAUGAAAUAUCUCUUGGAGAAAGAUGAUUCUGCUGUGGUUUCGGAAGCGGCGAAAAAACUUUUGAAUGAACAGCAGAUCAACUCUGCUCUGAACAAAAGGGAGAAUUCUAUCUCAUAUUCCUGCAUUCCAGCGACGAACAGAGCGAAGGAAACAGUGGAACAGUCGCAAAAAUCGCCUUCUUUGACUCUCGCAUCUCAUGGAGAAGCACAAAACUCUACCGAGCCAGUACCUUUUCGAAGAGAUGAGCCCCUUGCGAAAACUUGUGAAAUCGAAGAGACUACUGCGAUCUCUUCUUCUCCCUUACCGCCAAUCAAAUCUGAUGAAACUGCAGAGAAAGAUUCAAAUCUUCCAAACAUUGAAGAGUCACAGCAGCAGCAACAAGCUUCUCCUUUAGUUUCUGCAUCUGCCUUCCAGGCAGCUUCAGUUGAACAACAAAGCUCUAUAAAUCCAGCAUCUUCGCCGCAGCAGCAACCAGCUUCUCCUUCUAUUUCUGCUUCCCAAGAGAUAAAGAAGGAGUCAACGAUUGAACAACCAUCGACGGUUAAAAAUGAACCUUACGAGCAAGAGCCGACCUCCCGUCCCGCACUUUCUCCAUCUACCUCUACACCUCAAGCUCCUUUAAAACAGGAAGUUUCCGCUGAUCAGCCGUCUCAGGUGAAAAUUGAGCCUCAAGAACAAGUUCCUCUGCCUCCUAAAGAAAUACUCAUGCCUUCUCGAAAACGUCACAUGAAGGAAAAGCCAUCCGAAGACAACCCGCCAAAGAAACCAAAACUCUUCAACGACAAUUAA